GGAGCGGGGCGGACCUGGGCGAGCGGAGCGGAGCGGGGCGUCGGGGCCAUGGCGGCGGCCGCGCUCCUGCUGGGCCUGGCGCUCCUGGGGCCGCGGGCGGCGGGCGCGGGGCCGGGCGCGUGCUACGACGGCGCGGGGCGGGCGCGGCGCUGCCUGCCGGGCUUCGAGAACGCGGCGUUCGGCCGGCGCGCCGAGGCCUCGCACACCUGCGGCCGCCCGCCCGAGGACUUCUGCCCGCACGUGGGCGCGCCGGGCGCGGGGACGCGGUGCCAGCGCUGCGACGCCGCCGACCCCCGGCGCCGCCACGACGCCGCCUACCUCACCGACUUCCACAGCCAGGACGACAGCACCUGGUGGCAGAGCCCGUCCAUGGCCCUCGGCGUGCAGCACCCCACCUCGGUCAACAUCACGCUCCGCCUGGGGAAAGCUUACGAGAUCACCUACGUGAGGCUGAAGUUCCACACCAGCCGCCCCGAGAGCUUUGCCAUCUACAAGCGCACACGUGCCGGUGGCCCAUGGGAGCCCUACCAGUACUACAGUGCCUCCUGCCAGAAGACCUACGGCAGGCCCGAGGGUCAGUACCUGCGCCCUGGCGAUGACGAGCGGGUGGCCUUCUGCACCUCGGAGUUCAGUGACAUCUCCCCACUGAGCGGUGGCAACGUGGCCUUCUCCACCCUGGAGGGCCGGCCCAGCGCUUACAACUUCGAGGAGAGCCCUGUGUUGCAGGAGUGGGUCACCAGCACUGAGCUCCUCAUCUCCCUGGAUCGGCUCAACACAUUUGGGGAUGACAUCUUCAAGGACCCAAAGGUGCUGCAGUCCUACUACUAUGCUGUGUCUGACUUCUCUGUGGGUGGCAGAUGCAAGUGCAACGGGCAUGCCAGUGAGUGCAGUCCCGAUGGGGCAGGCCGGCUGGCCUGCCGGUGCCAGCACAACACCACGGGUACAGACUGCGAGCGCUGCCUGCCCUUCUUCCAGGACCGCCCGUGGGGCCGGGGCACAGCCGAGGCCGCCAACGAGUGUGUGCCCUGCAACUGCAGCGGCCACUCCGAGGAGUGUGUGUUCGACCGGGAGCUCUUCCGCAGCACGGGGCACGGUGGGCGCUGCCUCCGCUGCCGGGACCACACGGCUGGGCCGCACUGCGAGCGCUGCCGAGAGCACUUCUAUCGCUGGAGCCCACGGACGCCCUGCCAGCCCUGUGACUGCCACCCGGCAGGCUCCCUGCGCCUCCAGUGUGAUGCCUCAGGUACCUGCAUCUGUAAGCCCACCGUGACGGGAUGGAAGUGUGACCGCUGCCUGCCUGGGUUCUACUCACUCAGUGAGGGAGGCUGCAGACCCUGUUCCUGUAGUCAUGCUGGCAGCCUGGGCACCUGUGACCCCCACAGUGGACGCUGCCCCUGCAAAGAGAAUGUGGAAGGCCAUGUGUGUGACAGAUGUCGUCCAGGAACAUUCAACCUGCAGCCACACAACCCAGCCGGCUGCACCAGCUGCUUCUGCUAUGGCCACUCCAAGGUGUGUGAGGCCGCUUCCCAGUUUCGGGAGCACCAUAUCAUCUCUGACCUCCGCCAGGGAGCCAAGGGCUGGCGGACCGGAAGUGUGGGGGGCCCAGAACAUCCUGCACAAUGGGGCCCAAGGGGGCUCCUCCUGAAUCCCGAAGAUGAGGAGGAGCUCACGCUACCAGAGAAGUUCCUGGGAGAUCAGCGGUUCAGCUAUGGACAGCCCCUCACCCUGACCUUCUUGGUGCCCCCUGGGGCCUCCCCACUUCCUGUGCAGCUGAGGCUGGAAGGGGCUGGCCUGGCCCUGACUCUGCAGCACUCCAGCCUCUCCAGCUCCCUGGAUGCCGAGCAGCCUGGGGAACUACAGCUCAGGUUCGAGCUGCAGGAGACCUCCGAAGAUGUGGACCCUCCCCUGCCUCCCUUCCACUUCCAGCGGCUGCUCACCAAUCUGACGGCUCUGCGCAUCAGGACCAGUGGCCAGAGCCCAAGCCCUUCCGGCCAGGUGUUCCUGACUGAGGUUCGGCUCACAUCGGCCCAGCGGGGGGUCUCCCCCACAGCCUCCUGGGUGGAGACCUGCUCAUGUCCCAAGGGGUACACAGGCCAGUUCUGUGAAUCCUGUGCUCCAGGAUACAAGAGGGAGAUACCACUGGGGGGUCCCUACACCAAUUGUGUCCCCUGCACCUGCAACAAGCAUGGCACCUGUGACCCCCACACAGGGAUCUGCCUGUGCGGCCACCACACGGAGGGUCCAUCCUGUGAGCGCUGCUUGCCAGGUUUCUAUGGCAACCCCUUCGCAGGCCAACCUGAUGACUGCCAGCCCUGUCCAUGCCCUGGACAGUCGGCCUGCACAGCCAUCCCAGAGAGCAGCGACGUGGUGUGUACCCACUGCCCCCUCGGCCAGAGAGGGCGGCGCUGUGAGAUCUGUGAUGAUGGCUACUUUGGGGAUCCCCUGGGGAUCUCUGGGGCUCCCGAGCCGUGCCGGCGGUGCCAGUGCAGUGGGAACGUGGACCCCAACGCUGUGGGCAACUGUGACUCCCAGUCUGGCCACUGCCUGCGUUGCCUGCACAACACAACAGGUGCCCACUGUGAGCGCUGUCAGGAUGGCUUCUACGGGAGCGCCCUGGCCCCUCGGCCUGCAGACAGAUGCACCCCCUGCAACUGCCACCCUGAGGGCUCAGUCAGCGAGCAGAGACCCUGCGACCCAGUGACCGGCCAGUGUACCUGCUUGCCUCAUGUGAUGGGACGGGACUGUGGCCGCUGCAGCCCCAGCUUCUAUGACCUCCAGCCUGGGAGGGGCUGCCGGAGCUGCAAGUGUCACCCGCUGGGCUCCCAGGAGGACCAGUGCCACCCCAAGACUGGGCAGUGCCUCUGUCGCCCGGGUGUUGAGGGCCAGGCCUGCGACAGAUGCCAGCUGGGUUUCUUCGGCUUCUCCAUCAAGGGCUGCCGGGCCUGUAGGUGCUCCCCGUUGGGUGCUGCCUCAGCCCAAUGCCACAAGAACAGCACGUGCGUGUGCAGGCCCGGCUUCGUAGGCUACAAGUGUGACCACUGUCAGGACAACUUCUUCCUCACGGCUGGCGGCACACGCUGUCAGGAGUGCCCAUCCUGCUACUCCCUGGUGAAGGAGGAGGCUGCCAAGCUGAAGGCCAGGCUGACCCUGAUGGAGGGGUGGCUGGAGGGGUCCAACUGUGGCAGGUCCUGGGGACCACUGCCCAUUCUGCAGGGAGAGGCCCCACGGGGGGACAUCUACCAGGACUACCACCUCCUGCAAGGAGCCUGGGAAGUCUUCCUGGAGCAGGUGACAGGCCUCAAGGAUGCUGUGAAGGCUGCCCGGGAGCAACUGCGGGCUCUGAGCAGAGGUGUCAGCUGUGCCCAGGCCCAAACAGAGAAGACCUGCAUCCAGCUGGCAGACCUUGACACAGUGUUAGAGUCCUCAGAAGAGGAGAUUCUGCAGGCGGCCACUGUCCUCAAGUUCCUGGUGAUUCCUCAGAAUGGGCCCAGCCAGCCCACCACCUGGAGCCACCUCGCCACAGAGGCCCGUGCUCUUGCCAGAAGCCACAAGGACGCCACUGCCAAGAUCAAGGCCACUGCUUGGAGGGCUCUAGUUGCUUCCAACACCAGUUACACCCUUCUCUGGAGUCUAGUGGAGGGCAGAAUGGCCUUGGAGGCCCAGCAGGAACUAGAGGACAGGUACCAGGAUGUCCAGGCGGCCCAGAAGGCGCUGGGCACAGCCACAGCAGAGGUGCUGCCUGAAGCGGAGAGGGCGCUGGCCACCGUGCAGCGAGUCGGUGUAGAUGCAGCCCCGCGCCUGGCCUUGCUGGCUGCACCCAUGGCACUGGUCCUGCCUGAGCCUGCCAUCUCCCUGCAGCCCCAGAAGUCCCAGGCUGGGGCCCUGGACCUGAAAGUUCAGGCCUUGGAGAAGACGGUCACAUCUAGAGAGCGGGUGGUUACCGAGGCUGCCUGGGCCCUCCAGGCCACUGCCCAGGCUAUGCUGCACAAGACCCAGCCCCUCAUGCAGCUACGCCAGGAGGCCAGAGCUGCCCUGACCCGGGCUUCUUCAUCUGUCCAGGCCGCCACAGUGACUGUCAUGGGAGCCAGGACCCUGCUGGCUGAUCUGGAAGGAAUGAAGCGGCAGUUUCCUCAGCCCAAGGACCCGGCCACGCUGGGGAGGAAGGCAGGCUCGGUCAGGGGCAGGCUUCUCACAGACUUGAAAAAGAAGACCAAGCAGGCAGAGAGGAUGCUGGGAAAUGCAGCGUCUGUCUCCGCCAGUGCCAAGAAGAAGGGCCAGGAAGCCGAGACGUUGGCCAAGGACAGUGCUAAGCUCGCCAAGGCCUUGCUCAGGGAGGGCAAGCAGGAGCACCGGCGGGCAGGCCGGCUCUCCAGCCAGGUGCAGACAACGCUCCGACAGGCUUCCCAGCAGGUGCUAGCUUCAGGGGACCGCAGACAGGAGCUGGAGGCAGCUGGGCAGGUGGGUGCCAGACUGAAUGCCGUGGAGCAGCAGAUCUGGGAAUCACGGACCUCCCUGGAGAAGGAUGUCAAGGUCUUGUCGGAGCUGCUCGCCAGGCUGGGGUCACUGGACACCCAUCAAGCCCCAGUGCAGGCCCUGAACGAGACCCAGUGGGCACUGGAGCGCCUGAGGCUGCAGUUGAGCCCUCCAGGGGCCCUGCAGGGGAAGCUGAGGCUGUUGGAGCAGGAGUCUGAGCAGCAGGAGCUGCAGAUCCAGAGCUUCGAGAACGACCUUGCUGAGAUCCGUGCUGACAAGCAGAACCUGGAGGCCAUUCUGCAGAGCCUGCCCAAGAGCUGUGCCAGCUGGCAGUGAGGGCUGCCCAGACCCCCCCACCCCCCGACCUCUGCAGGCUGUGGCCCUAGCCCAGGGCAUGCACACGCAUCCCACAAGUGCACCCAUGCAGGCACAUGCACCAGAGUCUGCCGCUGUGUGUCCACCCUGAAUAAUGCUCACAUAGCCUCCCAAGUCCAUGCCCAUAUCUCCUCCAUGCCCACUGGAGUGAAUGUAUGUACACAGUUCACCCAGGUGGCCCCUGGGUGCCCACCACCAUCAGCAGGCACUCCCGUGCUACGAUGCAUAAACACACACACCCCAGUGUUAACAACACAUACAUAUAUAUGCAUAUGUACGCCUUGUGGGGACACGCCUGUGGGCAUAAUGCUCAAACCCAUAGAAGUUCCUCUGUGCAUGCACACACGACAGUCCACAGCUGGUUAGCGAGCACCAGCUGUGCUGUGUGCCCUCUGGAUGCUCGGGUUAUGUUAAAUACCCUCUGGCGCUACAGUCCUCACUCUCAUUCCUGAAAGCAAGGACCCAGGCAGAGUAUGGUGCCUGAGAGGCUGAGGGGGACCAUCCGCAAAGAUCCAGGUGGGCUCAGUAAGAGCCAGAGCCCCAGAGCCUCCCCCUGUUCUGCUGCAGCUUCUCACCCAUUGACCGGCAGCUCCACACCACCAAGGGACCAAGCAGUCCAAGAGAUGGAAGGUCCUCAGCCGAGAUCUGAGGGGUUUCAGCAGUGGAACCUGAGGCCCAGGGACUUCUGGAGCCAUGGGACAGCCUACUUGGCCAGCCGGGAGGAUGGCCCACAGCUGCACGGUUAUCACCAGCAGCGUAGAAUACUUUGGUCUCUGGGGAUCCUGGGAAUUGCCUGCCCUGGGCCUGGUGCUCCUUUCAGCCUGUGGCCUGUCCACAGAGCUGAGCCUUGAGGGCCGGAGGGGACCUAGGUCAGGGGACUGAGGGUCAUGUGGGAGCUCCUCUUUGUGACUCCAUGACCUCCGUCGGCCUUAGACUGAUUGACACUGGCCUUGAGGCCCUGUGGCCCCACCUGCCACCGGGGAGGCCCCUGCUGGGUGUGGAGGCCAGUUUGUCUUGCUGGGGAGUCCUCCUGUGGUCAGGCCGCCUGCCAGCCUCUGCCCAGGAUUCCUGGCCUUCCCUCCGGAGCCCCUCCCCAUUCCCAGGGCCCUCUUCCAGCAGACAGCAGGCCCUCAACUCUGGGACCGAUGGUGGCACCCCUCCCAUGGCUUCUCUUGCCCCAGGCAGGGGGGACAUGCAGCAACAUGGACCACUUCUGUUUAAUGUGAAAAUAAAGGACUUCUUUACUAUC